CGCCAUUGAACUCGAUUACCGCUCUGGCCAGUUGACUGCUUUGCAACGCGCACAGUCAGCUCUGUAUUGAAAAAUAUCAUAAGCGCAACGACCGCGCGCCAAUUCACACGCGAACCACGCGACAUGGCUCCACGCAGUCGGCGGAGCGCUGCCGCCGCCGUGACGGAAGUUGUCGAGGAGGAAGAACAGGAGCAGGAGGAGGAGGAGCAAGACGGGCUAAAGAAGCUGAGAUUCAAACAGUCGCUUGUGGGACGACCAGGGAAGCAGAUCAGCGUGGCCGAUGUCUUGACGCGACUGAAGACGUUGCUGGACGAGCUACGGACCAUAGAUCAAGAGGAGGCACACCGGGAGUCGCUCGCGCCCAUCGCGCAGGAACUGUCUCACCAGAGCCUCCUGCAGCACAAGGAUGCCGGUGUGCGCGCGUGGACGGCCUGCUGCGUGGUUGACAUGCUCAAGCUGUUCGCGCCAGACGCGCCAUACCCCGCCUCCAAGCUGAAGGAAAUCUUCUCCGUCAUAAUCGUCAAGAUGCUGCCCCUCCUAGCCGACCCCUCGCAUCCUUACAACAGCCAGCACAUGUACGUGCUUCGGUCGCUCGCCGAGUGGAAGAGCAUCCUACUCAUAAAUGAGAUUCCUGGCUCCGACCAGCUGACCUCGGCCCUCUUCACCACCUGCUUCGAUGUGCUAUCUGGGCCGUCAAAGAGUGACAACGGCGAGGAGCUGAGCAAGAACGUAGAGCAUAAUAUGACCGAGGUCCUCUCCACCGUCAUCGAUGAAGCGCCGGCCGUCACACAUGACGUCGUAGACGUCGUUGUCGCGCAGUUCCUGUGGGCUGAUCCCAUAACACUAGGGAGCUCCGCGAAGGGCAAGAAGAAUGCGCCAAUAGACGCCAAGCAGUCAACACUGCGACGCAAGGAGGCGCCGCCUGCUUACAACAUGGCCAAGAACAUCUGCAAUGCUUACCCCGAGAAAAUGGCUCGCCUGAUUGGUAACUACUUCAGCUCUGUUAUUGUGGACUUCACCAAUGCUGGAACCUCCUUCAAGAACCAGACGCGUCAUCGAGCAGGGAGCGCCGACUCGGAAGACGAAGUUUCUAAGGGUCCUUCCGAGGAUGACAUCAACGAGGCGAACAAGGCCCAUAGAUUGCUCCGAGAGCUUUGGAAGUGCUGCCCUGGUGUCCUGCAAGAGAUCAUCCCUCAUCUACAGGAUGAGCUGGGCACCGAGAAUGUCCAAUUACGUCAACUUGCCACCGAAACCUUUGGAGACAUGAUCUCAGGAAUCGGUGCGGCCGGCCCGCCUCCUCUCCCUGAAAUGAACCCUGUAGCAUAUCCCUCGCAGAGCCUUGGACGUUCAGAAGCGGCUAAAUCUUUCGAUUUUCUCACGACACCUGCCUCUAUCAACUCCUUCCCAACCCAGCAUCCGGUUGCUUAUCAUGCUUUUUUGCAGCGAAAGAAUGACAAAUCCGCUGUCAUUCGCGCCUCAUGGACCACUGGCGUAGGAAGAAUACUAAUGACAUCAGCCGGUGGUAUUGGCCUUGAUCCAGAAGAGGAAAAGAAGCUCCUCAAGCACUUCGCCGAGUGUCUCAUCGAUAGCGACGAGAAGGUGCGGUUAGCGGCUGUUCAAGCUGUGGAGCGCUUUGAUUUCAACGACAUCGUUCGCAAACUGGGCAGUAACGGUAGCAUGUCGGAACCAGGGUCUAUUCUUUCGAACCUUGCCGAUAGAGUCAAAGACAAGAAGAGUGUCAUUCACUCUGAGAGUAUGAGACUUCUUGGAAGGAUUUGGGGGGUAGCUGCGGGUGCCAUUGCGGAAGGAGACGACACAGUCAAGACUCUGCUUGGACCAAUACCGUCACGGAUACUGGAAGCAUGUUACGUCAACGACUUGGAGAUCAAUGUUCAGGUCGACCUCGUGCUAUACGAGUCUUUGUUGCCGCUUGCUUAUCCGCCAAUGAAGCCAAAGGCCGUCGCAAGCGGAGCAUCACAAGUCGUGAAAGACAGCCAGGCGAACGGAGACCAGGGAUAUACAGAGGCAGAAUUGGACAAGAUCCGAGCGGAAAGACAACUCGUACUCGUCCACGGUCUAGAGGAGAAGGCCAAGAAAGUUUUUUUUGCUAAACAGAGCAAUCAAGUCAGCAUGUCCACGUUCAUGGAGCACUUUCUAAAGUUUUGCGAAGAGUAUAAUGGUGGCGUCACGGACGAUGAAGAGAGGGAUACCAAGAAGAAGCUUGAAGGACUCAUCAAUUACUGGGCGAAAACGCUUCCAAACUCAGCACGCGUGAUGGAUGAUUUGUGGAAGUUUGCGAAGGCUCAUGACCGCCGUGCAUACACGCUUAUACGCUUCUGCAUGGACCCAACAAGCGACUACAGGAGAGUCUUCAGAUCAAUUAAAGAGUUGCGAAAGAGAAUUGAGGACGGGCCCGGCUUAUCAAUGCUCGAAACACUAAACCCUCUUCUCUACCGUGUCAGCUUACUCUGCUACAACAAAAGCCAUGUUUCUGCUAUUAUCGACUACACUCGAUCUGACGACAAAGGGCUGGGUACUACCGCACACGAGUUGCUGAACGCAAUCUCCACAAAGCACCCCAAGGUCUUCUCUACUCACGUCAAAGACCUGUGCAGGACGCUUGAGAACGAGUCGCCGACAGCAAAGACGCCCAACCCUCUUGGCGCUGUCGACGAUCUCAAGGCUUGCGCCGCCUUUGCAAAGAAAUUCCCUACCGACAUCCCAAUGAAUGGGAAAGAGAGUCGCAAACUUGUCCAGAGCUUUUUGAACUUCGCACUCUACGGCACGCCUCCCCAAGCCGCCAAGCAUGCGAUCACUAUCAUAAUGAACAGCGAUAACAAGAAGGAGAUGCACGCAAAAGAGAUACUGACAAAGAGCAUCAAGAACUUUGAGUACGGUGGUGAUCAUUGGCUCACCAAGUUGGCAGCGCUAAGCCAGUUGGUUCUUCUUGCUCAACCUGAAUGUGAAGACGACAUGGACUCGAUUGUAGAGAUCGCUAUUCAGAAAAUUCUCCAGAAGCCUCACUCGACUACUGCCAAUGCCGACGAGGCAUGGGCGGAUCUACCAGACGAUGAUAUCCAGGGCAGAGCAUGGGCGGUCAAGAUACUCGUCAACAGACUACGCUCGCUACCCAUCGAAUCCAACAUCGAUGAAGCUGCGACGGACACAUACGCCUUGCUUAAUCGAUUAGUGAAGGAGAAUGGCGAAGGCUCAGACGACGAUAGUACUCCGGCAGAUCACAAAAACCGUCAACGACUCCUUGCGGCCAACUCUCUUCUCAAACUUUCCUGCAACCCGCGUUUGGAAAAGCUCUUGAAACCCGCUCAGUUCAACCAACUGGCUCUUGUUACGCACGAUCUUUGCUUCCAAGUUCGCAAAGGUUUUGCUGACAAGCUUAUGAAAUACCUGGGUCAGAACCGGCUUCCAACUCGGUUCUACGCUAUUUUGUUCUUCCUCGCAUACGAACCAGAGAGAACCGAGAAGAUCGGAUUUGAGACAUGGAUUCGUUCACGUCAAGCCGCUAAGGCGCUUCAAAAAGACACUACUCUGGAGCUGAUAUUUCCCCGGCUACUGAGUCUGCUUGCUCAUCAUCCCGAUUUCGACACAGAAGACGAGACAUUGAAGCUCAUGUCGGAAUACAUCCUGUUCUACCUAAAGUGUGUGGCUACGAAAGACAACAUUUCUCUCAUCCAUCACGCCGCUCAACGCGUGAAGAGUGUCGCGGAUGGUAUUGAGCCCUCCCCUCAAGCUGAUAAGAACCUCUACGUCUUGUCUAGUCUCUCCGAUGCGCUCAUCACUGCAUGGACAGAGCAAAACGGUUGGAGCUCGGAAACUUGGCCAGGGAAAACAGGACUGCCGUCCGGUAUCUUCCGACCGCUCAAGAGCCACGAUCAAGCCCAGGAAAUCGCAGACAAACAAUGGAUAGACGACGGUUUGAUAGACGAGCUAGAACCGCUCGUGCGCAAAGCCAUUCGAAGCAAGAAACGCAGAGCUACUGACGGCGACGAGAAGAAGUCACGCAAGAAGGCCAGGAGUGAGAAGACAAAGAGGGUCAAAGGGGAGCGGCCGAUCAAGACACCCAGGAAGAAGAGGAGGGCUGACAACGACGAUGAUGAGAGCGAUGGGGAUGGCCGCGCCAGGCCGUCGAGCGAGCCCAGACGUAAGAGUGGACGUCAAAGUACUGCGCACAAGAGCUACAUUGAAGUGUCAAGCGGCGAGGAAGAUGCACAGGUCGGCGCCGAGGAGCCCGAGGAGGAAGAGGAGGAGGAGGCAGAGACCUCGGAAGCCAACGAGCAAUCAUCACCUGCUCCCGAAGAAGACGUCGAAAUGGCAGACGAGGAGACUGUUGUGGUAGACGUUCCGACCACAGAGCCGGAAGGCGACGCAGAAGCGGAAGCAGAAGAAUCCGACCUCUCCGACCCCGAGGCCUCCCCUGAACCGUCGCCAGAACCCGAGCCCCCGAAAAAAACUACAAGGGGUAAAUCUGCAAAGACGACAAACGGCGCGAAAUCGUCUCCGGUCGCGCAGAAGCGCAAGGCCGAGACCACUCUACCAGCCAGACCAGCGAAGACUACAGCGAAGAGCAAGGCUAAAGCCAACGAGACAGCGACUCCAUCAAGCCCGGUCGCUAAUGGCACGCGACGCAGUGCCCGCACGAAAGGCUGAUCGCGGCCGUCUCAGGCUUUGGUUUCUCUCGAUUCACCCCUUGCGGAUAUUGUUGUAUAUCUCGUACGGGCCGGCUUUCCUUCUCCCUGUGAAUCCGUGGCGAAAAGUAUGUUCUGAAUACUGCCACCUCGGGCGUCUUGGGUGGGGAAGGCGGCUGUUGUCAUGUUACGUUUUGCUUAUCGUUUAGUAUGAUACCUGCGAGAUUGCUUAUGUGUGAAGAUUGCGGAUGGGAGCGUGGAAUCUUUUUACUAUUUAGCGUUUUUAUGGCGUGAUGGAGGUGUUAGCAGCGUAGGU